AUGGAGAAUCUUCCUGGAGAUAUCAUAACAAAUAUAUCUUCACGGUUACCUGCUGAUUCCGUCUUAUGUGUCAAAAUGGUAUGUAGGAAUUGGAACAGAAGCAUCAAAAUUGAUACUUGGUUUACAAAUAUUCAUCUAUGCAGAUUUCUACAUAAUUGUGAUUACUACGUAACUAAUGACGACAUUUAUUCUCCUUGCAUGAAGAAGCAGCGUCGAAACGAUGGCACCGGCAGUACUCAUGUUGCUAGAAGAGAUUUAACCCUUAGUAUUUCUACUAUGAUUGAGAGUUUUCUUUUCUUAGCGAAAUCUUAUGGAAUAUCACCCAAAAAGACCAUCUAUUAUGGAGAGUGUUUUUAUGAUGAAGAUAGAGUCGUGUUCAAAAAGUUUACAGGAGGAUACAAUUUCAAUCAUCCUACUUUCUAUCAAUCCAAAAAGUAUACAGCGCCCCUCCCCAUGAAGACAACUCAUACACUAGUUGGUUCAUGCAACGGUUUGGUUUGUUUUGCUGUGUCCGAUAGUUCGAGAUUGGUUGGCGGUGAUCCUAUCUACAUAUGCAAUCCAGUUACAAGAGAAGAGUGGAAUCUACCAAGAUAUAAUUUUAUUGAUUCUAUAUACAACUACGAAGCUGUCAUUGUUACAUCUGGAUUUUGUUAUGUUCCUUCCACUAAUCAAUACAAGGUCGUUAGAGUAUGCUACCAUCUGAACGAAUAUAUAGGAGACCUACAAGUGUUUACUCUUGGAGUUGACAAAACUUGGAGGCACAAAGAAAUUAUCCCAUAUUUCCUCUUAAAUUUUUUUAAGAUAACAAACGCAACACCAGGUGUCAUUGCAGACGGGGCUAUUCACUGGAUGGACUACCUGGAAUGGAAAAUAGUGGCUUUCAAUUUCGAAGAUGAGGUAGUACUUGAGGUUCCUACACCACGUUGUUGUUUCGAUUUUCAAGAAUCAGACGAUGGUACAGGAAGUCCAGGUCUACUUGAACUCAAGGUGCUGAGAGACUGUCUGUGCCUUGUUCAUCGAAGGCCAGGUCGUAGUGUGGAUAUAUGGUCGCUGAAAAAAAUGAAUAUGUGUAGUUGUGAAACAUCUAAUGGGAUGAUAUCAAAAAAGUGUAAGAAAGAUUGUCGUGAUUGGAGAUGGAUCAAGGAGUUCAGUAUAGCAAUAGAAAUUAAGGAAAUAGAAUAUAUCCCUGUUCCGUUUGCCAUCACAAAGACCGGUAGAAUUCUAUUAUGGUACUACAGAAGUGGUCUCUCUAUAUAUGAUCCAAAAACUGAGACCCUUAGUAAGAUACCAGAUGGUGAUAUUGGCACUUUCGUCUAUCAAGUCAUUCCUCACGUCAACACUUUUGUUUCGUUGAAAGUUUAA